AUGGAAACAGGCCCGACUGUCAGCCCGGUGACGUCACAGGAGGUGGGGGAGCGGGGCCGUGUCGGCAAGUGCUACAUCAAAGACGGGGAAAUGGCGUCUACCUCUUGUGAUACAAACAAGAAAUACAGUAGAAACUUGUGCUCCUUCACCGGAUGUGGAAGAAACGGAAAUGAUGCACCAUCAACAGUAGCUGCCCAAGAGCCAAACCCCACACAGCUGACACAACCCCCUUCUGAUCCUUCUAAUCUGUACCAAGAAUCAAUAAACCCCGUACAAACCCCACAACAAUCUCAAGUUUAUGACAGACAGGCUGCUGGUCACGAAGCGCAUGUGGAUAUGAAGAAAAUGCCAUGGACACAGGAAGAGAAGUUGCAAGCCUUAGCAAUGAGAUACAAAUCCCCAGCAUUGUAUGACCAGAUGAGAAGUGAUGGGUUUGCUCUGCCUAGCACAUCGACAAUUGCACGCUGGCUGCAGUCUAUCAACUUAAGGCCUGGCGUAUGCUCAGAGAUCAUCGGCUUGAUAAGAAAUAAAGUCAAACACAUGGGUGAUUGGGAAAAAAACGCUGUCAUUCUGUUCGAUGAGAUGAGCAUCAAGUCUAGUCUUGAAUAUGACUCGAAAAGGGAUGUGGUUGAAGGAUUGUUUGAUCUUGGAGAAGAUGGCCGUAAGCCUUACCCAGCUACUCAUGUCCUACUGUUUAUGGCCAGAGGGCUUACAUACAGAUGGAAAAUGCCCAUCGCUUAUUUUGCCACCAAUAAAAUGGUGAACGGCUCUGUUGUGGCAAAACUGAUUCCUAAAUGCAUAAAUGCAAUGCAAGAUGCUGGGUUAAAAGAAACGGCCAAUCCUGAUGAUGAGCAGCAGGCAGCUGCUUCAGAGGAGCCGGGUGAAAAGCCCAGUAUUGGUGUUGCCGACUGGGAUCACGUCCAAAAGCUCUACAACAUAGAUAGCGGAGCCACCAAGUCCAGAGCCACCAAACUGACGGAGAAGCACAUCCGGCCAAACAGCUUUGAAAAGAUGUCGGUUAAGCUGGCAACUCAAGUCUUUAGCUUAUCCGUCAGCGCAGCCAUGUCAACUGCAGUUGAAACUGGGGAGCUGCCUUCAAGCGCACUAGAUACUGCGUACUUACUGAAACGUUUAAACAACAGAUUUGAUGUGAUGAACAGCACAAAUAAGUUCCAUCCGAACCCAUACAAAUGUGCUAUUUCAGCAUCUACCAACAGCCAUCUUAGAAAGCCACUAGAUACUUUAGUUGAUGACAUAAAUUGGGUCAAAUCUUUAAAUAUGUUGCAUGAGAAGAAAAGACCACCUUGCUUACACAGCUUAGAGCACACACUGGUUGCAACCCGAAUGCUCUGGGCAGAUUUGGAAGAAGAUGGCGCCAAAUACCUUUUGACUGGAAGACUGAACCAGGACCCAAUCGAGAAUGAGUUUUCGGUCGCUAGACAGAAGUGCGGGUUUGAAAGAAAUCCGUCUAUUCGGUUGUUCCGCCAAAACUUAAGGCAUAGGAUACAGGCAGCUCUGGUCCAACCCCCAGCUGGAGCCAACUGUGAACCCGAUGACGAUGAACUUUUGUCGACAAUGACGAUAGAUAAAGAGACAGAACCACACAGCGGAUCCUCAUUAGCCUGUGAGUCAGCCACGACCGCCCUCCCCACUGAAGAACAUGAAAACUCUCUUACUCCAGAAUCGGACACCGACGAGGAAAACGACGCCGGUCUUGGAUCCUCAUUGCCAUCAUUGCAGUCCUGUUCCGUUAGGAGGGAACUGUUGAAGCUGCCACCUGUUCAUACAGCAGACAGUCCUGAAGAGGCCCUCAUCAGGAACAAGGAGUAUCGGCAUGACACAUACAGUUUGAUAUACCCUACGGACAAAACAACUGAGGUAGUGGACAUGGUGCUAAGUGUUUUGGACAAAAUUUUCAAGACCAAAAUACACGUUGUUGGUUUUAAGAAAAAUGUGCUCUUGAAAGCCAAACAACUUAUUUUCAAGACCCACUCAGAAUGGAUGAGAGGUGCUACGGAUUGCUACAAGCACAGGGAGUUCUUAAUAAAUAAGAUUGUCUCCGCCAAAAUUAAAAGAACUCUGCAAGCAAUGUCCAAAGAACUGCGCCAGCCCGGUGGGAAAUAUGGUAAUCACUGGGAGAAAGUGAUGAAAUUGCAAAACAAUAAGAGGAUUUUCAUGAGUGAUCGUAGUACAUUUAUCAAGGGAGAAGUAGGUAUAUGGUUUGACAAGAGGACAGUACUGUCGCUUGUGGCUAGCCAGCACCCUGCGAGGGAUCCAUUUGCCAAAGGUAUGUUCAGCGGGUUCAGUGUACACAGUACGUGUACGUCGGUGUCGAGUCGAGUCGACGGCCAGUCCCGGGUUGGCGCUCGGUGCGGCGGUGCCGUUCUCAUACGCCGCUGUAUCCCCUCCUAG